AUGCAAAAAAUGUCGGUGUUGGUUCUUUGUUUGCUUUGGUCAAGCGUCGUAGGAAAUCAUUAUAAUGACAAAGAUGUGUGUUCUGAGGCUUUUAAUAGCCUAAUGUGCGAAGGUAAAGGUGUUGGACACUAUACGUUCAGCAAUAGAGAUGCUGGAAGAGUUGUGUUGAUGACAGGGUUUGAAGCGGGGUCCGUGAUCGAUGUUGUAAACAUGCCAAGUCUAUCAACGAUUCAAUCUAAAGGAGCAUUUCUGGCAUGUGAAGAUAUAGUGGGGAAUAGGGCAUUGACAAUCAUCCAGCCGGACCGGAAGUUACUUACAUGUCCUCCCGGUGAUGAACUAUCAACUCAUGCUUCUGCAACCCACACCACUCGACUCCCAAGAAUGGAUAAUGAUGUGGAAGAAAUACCGAUUUCAGAUGAUGUAACUGCUCUACCUGUGCCAAUCUUAACAUAUGCCACUACAACCUACAGCACUCCACCCUUGACAACAUAUCAUGAGGAAAUAUCUAUUUCAGCACGUUACCCUAUCCUCUCCAUCAUCCUCCCCAUCAUGACUGCAUUGCUGUUUGUAUUACUUGCGUUUGUUUGUGUGUGUAUGUGUAGAGGGAGGUGCCAAAGACGAAACGGAGGGAGUAUUGAGUUGAGAGAGGUUGUGAUUUCACAGCCUUUAAGAUCAAUUUCAGAGGAUAGCUCAAUUGUUGAAUAUUCUAGGGCUAAAUGUGAAUAACUCUGAAAAAAAAUUCAAUGAUUCUGAAGGUUCAUUUCGUGUAUCAUCAUUUCAUGUAUCAUCAUUUAUUCUGUUUUAGAUAUGAUUGUUUUCAUCACAACAACCAUCAUCAGCCUUGUGUUUUAUUCUUUCACUGACAUUUUCAUAGAAGUAAUUUUACUUUUACAUGAUAAGAUUAUGAGAAAGUUUGCAAAUCUCGAACUACCUGCUAGGAGAUAUCCAUUGAGAGAUCGAAGACAACCUGAACGUUUGGCAUAUAAUUAGAUUUUUUUUUUUUUUUUUCAUUUUCUUUCACAUAGUUUAAUGUUCUUUCCAAAGUGGCUAACUAGUAUUAAAACAUUUUUGCUGUUAUAACUUUAGUGUUUACAAUUUUAAAUUGUUUUAUAAAAACCCUCAUCCUCAUUAUAAGUUAUGAUAUUCACUUUUUACCUCAUCAGUUUUGAUAUGAAACAUUGUAAAAUGUGAAUCUUGUUUUUAUUGUGCUCAAAUAGCUGUAUACUGUGAUUGUUGUUACUUAUAAGUCAUGAGUAAUGGUCCAGAAUUUUUCUUAAGUUAUAUCAUUUUUUAAGUAUUAAAACAUUUGUUGUUUUUUUGUUUUGGUUUUUAUUGAAUGUUUUGGUUUUUAUUGUUACUCAUUCUAAUCAUUCCUCAUUAACAGUUUUUAACAAAACUAUUUCAAUAACAUAUACAUUCAUUCUAUGAUUCUCAAAGAGCUGUAUACUGAUUUGUAUUGGUUAUCUUCCAAACAUAUUUAUUGAUACUUGAAAGCCAUACUCUGUUAUGUAUUUGUUGUUACUUAUUGUUGUAAAUAGUAUUAUUCUCAAAUAGAUGUACACUGUGAUUUAUAUUGUUGUUUUAUGGGCAGAUUGUGUAACUUUUAAUGAUAGGCAUUGUUUACAAAACAAGUCUUGUAAUUUUGUAACUGAAAAAGUAUUUUGAAAAGCAUUAAAAAUCAUUACUUUCUAAUUUCAUACCUAUUUUUACAUCUGUUAUUUUUUAUUUUCAUCAGGUUUUAUUGUGACAGUACUCUCAAAGAAAUGUUUAACAUACUAUUCCAAAAAGCUUAAGAAGCAUUAAGAAUGAUUACAUUUUAAUACCAUUGUGUUUUUUCUACAUCUGCUCACAUUUAUAUUUAGACAUAAAAGCAUUUAAAACUUUGUUGGCUCCUAGUGAUUACAUAGGUUAUUGAUGGUUUUAAUAAUACGAAUAGUAAUGUUUAGUCCAAUAAAUUUUGUAACUAAAAAAGUGUUUUGAAAAGCAUUUAAAAUAAUUACUUUCUAAUAUCAUGCCUAUUUUUACAUCUGCUAUUUUUUUCAUCAGGUUUUAUUGUAACAGUACUCUCAAAGAAAUGUUUUAACAUAACUAUUCCAAAAAAACUUUAGAAGCAUUAAGAAUUAUUACAUUUUAAUACCAUUGUGUUUUAUUCUACAUCUGCUCACGUUUGUGUUAAGAAAUAAAAGCAUUAAAAACUG